AACCGACACAACCUUCGUGGACUUUUGCCUGCUUCCCUUUCCUACACCCGAGCUCCGUCUCCAGUAGCAUCAUGAGCCGCCAGUUCACCUGCAAGCCCGGAUCUGCCACCAAGGGGGGCUUCAGCGGCUGCUCAGCCGUGCUCUCCGGGGGCAGCUCGUCUUCCUACCGGGCAGGGGGCAAAGGGCUCAGCGGGGGCUUUGGUAGCCGAAGCCUCUACAGCCUUGGGGGUGCCCGGAGCAUCUCACUCAACGUGGCUGGUGGAAAGAACUCAACUUAUGGAUAUUCCCGGAACCGGCCCAGUGGCUUUGCAGGCAGCAUGUUUGGCAGUGUGGCCCUGGCACCCAUAUGCCCAACAGUGUGCCCACCUGGAGGUAUUCACCAGGUCACCGUGAAUGAGAGCCUCCUGGCCCCCCUCAACGUGGAGCUGGACCCUGAGAUCCAGAAAGUGCGUAGCCAGGAGCGGGAGCAGAUCAAGGCCCUGAACAACAAAUUCGCCUCCUUCAUCGACAAGGUGCGCUUCCUGGAGCAGCAGAACCAGGUGCUGGAAACCAAAUGGGAGCUGCUGCAGCAGCUGGACCUCAACAACUGCAGGAACAACCUGGAGCCCAUCUUCGAGGGCUACAUCAGCAACCUGCGGAAACAGCUGGAGACACUGUCCGGGGACCGGGUGAGGCUGGACUCGGAGCUGCGGAGCGUGCGUGACGUGGUGGAGGACUACAAGAAGAGGUACGAGGAGGAGAUCAACAGACGGACGGCCGCAGAGAACGAGUUUGUGCUGUUGAAGAAGGAUGUGGAUGCCGCCUACGCCAACAAGGUGGAACUGCAGGCCAAGGUGGACUCCAUGGAUCAAGACAUCAAAUUCUUCAGGUGUCUCUAUGAAGGCGAGAUUGCUCAGAUCCAGUCUCACAUCAGCGACAUGUCCGUCAUCCUCUCCAUGGACAACAACCGCAACUUGGAUCUGGACAGCAUCAUCGAUGAGAUCCGCUCACAGUACGAGGACAUUGCUCUGAAGAGCAAGGCCGAGGCCGAGGCGCUGUACCAGACCAAGUUCCAGGAGCUGCAGCUGGCCGCCGGUCGGCAUGGGGAUGACCUCAAACACACCAAGAACGAGAUUUCAGAGCUGACCCGGGUCAUCCAGAGACUCCGCUCCGACAUUGAGAAUGCCAAGAAGCAGGCUUCUAACCUUGAGACAGCCAUCGCUGAUGCUGAGCAGCGAGGAGACAGCGCCCUCAAGGAUGCCCGGGCCAAGCUGGACGAGCUGGAGUCUGCCCUGCACCAGGCCAAGGAAGAGCUGGCCCGGAUGAUGCGUGACUACCAGGAGCUCAUGAGCGUGAAGCUGGCCCUGGACAUGGAGAUCGCCACCUACCGCAAGCUGCUGGAGGGCGAGGAGUGCAGGAUGUCAGGAGAAUAUCCCUCUGCGGUCAGCAUCUCCAUCAUCAGCAGUACCAGCGGCAGCAGCGGCUAUGGCUUCCGGCCCAACACAGUCAGUGCUGGCUACGUGGCCAACAGUGGCAGCUGCAUCUCAGGAGUGUGUAGCGUCCGUGGCGGUGAGACCAGAAGCCGGACCAGUGGCAGCGAUUACAAGGAUACCCUGGGCAAGGGCUCCAGUCUGAGCACCUCCUCCAAGAAAGCCAGUCGGUAGAGGGCUGCCCUGAACCCCAUUUUCCCCAGGACCCCAGCUCUGGUUCCCAUGCUGU